AUGAACCCGCUCACCACCCACAAUCAACAACCAAUCCACGACCCCACCCCACCCCACCCCCUCUCUCUGCAUUCCGAACCCACCACGUCCCCGAAACGCACUCUCAAGAUGCCCCCACACCGCCCCAGCAAAGAACCAACUCUUCCAUCCACCGCAAAAAGCGAACCACACUACAUCCACACCGCCUCAGGCCUGCAGUCCAUCAACCCCAAGCCACCCCCAGCACCCGCACCCGCACGAGGAACAGCACACCACCUCCCCCCAGACCAGCGAUGCGUGUCUCACCCUCUCAGCGCCGCUGGCCAACUCUUCGCACCCGCCUGCCAUCUGCCCGCCGAGCACGUCGCGGUGGCAGCGGCUCAAGGGGGGGAACGAGGCGCGCAAGAGCAGGGGGGUGACGCGGAUUAG